GGCUGCGUAGGGUAGAGGGUAAAGGUCAGGACAGGUAUAGAGAUGGUGGCUCGACCGAAAGUUGCCGGGUAGAUAAAACCGUGUCCGUGAGACAAAGGGAGGCGAGAUGGUGCGUUCCUCGCGCUGCGGCUGAUCCGCCCUCAACUGCCGAUCCCCUCUCUGCUCCUCUCGCGUCUCCCUCCGUCCAGUCCAAUGAGCGUCGCGUACGAGCUGCUGUGGCGUUUGCUGCACGUCCUCCUCAGCGCCCAGCGCGCGCUGGUCGCCUGGGGCCGCAGCUGGUUCGGAGGUCGCGGCUCGUGGCUCAGCCGUUGGCGGCGGCGCGCGGCUUCGGCUGCCACCGCCGCCUCGCGGGCUCUGUUAGCUCCGGCGGCAGCCGCGAGCCCUUUCGCCUUUCACAAGCCGGCGGCGGCGGGGCGGAAGGUGGUGGGUAGCGGGGGCCGAUGGCGGAGGGAUGUAAAAUCUCUGCAGAAGCUGCCGGGCCACGUGGGACUGGUGGUGACCGAGGAGGAGCAGAGCUACGCCGACGUGGCCAGCUUAGUGGUGUGGUGCAUGGCGGUGGGCAUCUCCUAUGUCAGCGUCUACGACCACGAAGGUAUUUUCAAAAGAAAUAAUUCAAGGCUGAUGGAUGAAAUUUUAAAACAGCAGCAGGAGUUGUUGAAUCUUGACUAUUCCAAAUAUACAGUGAAGUUUGCAAAUCAGGAGAAAACAGAUCAAGUUUUAAAUUGCCAAUCUGCACUGAAUGUGCUGUCCUCAGAGGAUGGAAAAACAGAUAUAGUAAGAGCAGCUCAGAAAUUCUGCCACUUAGUAGCACAAAAGCAAAAGAAAUGCACAGAUCUGGAUAUGAAUGUCUUGGAGAAUUUAUUAAGUAGUACUAAUGGUUUUCCUGAUCCUGACCUAAUAUUAAAGUUUGGUCCCGUGGACAGUGUCUUGGGAUUUCUUCCCUGGCAAAUCAGGUUGACAGAGAUUGUUUCUCUGCCUUCACAUGUAAAUGUCAGCUAUGAUGAAUUCUUCUCUGCCCUUUGUUGCUAUGCAUCCUGUGAUCAGCGUGUUGGAAAAUGACUUAUUGCAGAAUUCUAUCAGGAUUUCUUUGGAAAGGACCCAAGGUCUCUGUUUACAAAUACCUGUGAUGCAUACAAGUCCAGUACAUAGUCUCUUAAUUUAUCAAAUUCAAUAAAGUGUCUUAUCCUUUUUAGAAUUUGUAUGUGUGUGUACUCAUAAUCUAUGGAGGUAUGGGAAAGCAAUGGUUUACUGCUCUCUAAUAACGAUAUAUCAUAAAAGUUGUAAAAAAAAAAAGUUGUUUAAAGGUGUCAGGCUUAUUUUUUUUCCCAAUGAUCAAAUUCUUAUUACUAAGAAUAUUUACAUGUAAUUAUGAAGAAAAAAAACAGUCAAAGUAGCACUGCAGUCAAUGGAGGUAGCACAUACUCAGUUGAAGUCCCCUCAUAAACUUCUGAAAUCAUACCUUAUGCCUUCUUCUUUGUCAGACUUCUGCAUCUGACUUCCUAAGCCCUAGAUUCUAGGAACACACUGAAUUGAUUAUCUGCAAACACUUAUAAAAAUGUGUGACAGGGUGAGGUCAGACAGAGGGAAUAACUGGUAUUAAAGCUGAAGAUUAAAUAGAACGGGAACAAAAAAAAAGUGGUUUCUGGAAUGUGGGAAUGUUUUUAAAUCAUAGGUCAAUAAACAUUAUGAAUGAGCAAUUGAACCAUGGGUCCCAUAACUAUGGACCAUUAUUUUUGUCUUGGGGAACUGGGGUUUAGCAUGGUGGAUUGUGCAGAAGAAUGGAUGUGGGAAUGGAGCAUCCUCAUGUAAUGGAGUUCCAUAAACUGAACUUUUCCAAAUAUAACAUGAACAAUUGUACCAAUUGCUUGUAUUUGUAUUUUUUAAAAAAAGUAUUGAUUCCAUUUUCAACAUUAGGAGUAUCUACCACGUUAUCUUCAUUUCAAAUAUAAGUUAACUAAUUUGGAUGAGGAUGUGUGAGGUAGGAAUACACUCAGUUUAUGUUUGCUUACAUAUAGAGUAGCAACAGUGAAAGUGUUAAUUCAGUAUUCACUGAUACUGUAUCUUUUCCAAUUUUGAAAUCAUCAAUACACUAUUACAUGAUUAUCUGCAAAAAUUAUUAUGGCAGUUAUUGUGUGACGGUGUAUAAAUACAACAGUACAACAAAUGUAUGAAACUAAAAUUCAUUGAUUGAUUUGUCAGGUAACUUCCUGCAGCAACUUUGCAGUGCUGCUUAAGAUAUAUGAUGUGAUAUUUUUCUCCAAACCUCUACCUUAAUAUUAUAUCCCUAAGUCUUCAUUGCAAGUUUUUAAAUAGACUGUGCAGUAAAUAAUGAACCGUUUUUGUUUUCAACUGCAUAUUUUUUAAGAGUAGCAAAACCACUUUUAUUAUAAUGUUUUGGUUUAAAAGGGAUCAGAAACUUAAGUCUAUUUGUGAAUGGCUUUUUUUGUAAAUGUCUCAAACUAGUGGAGUAAAAUAUUGCAGAUGAUAAUAGUAUUUUUCUCCUUUUUAAAUAUCAAAGUUGUCCUUGAUAUAUCUAACAAAAAUAUAGAUUAACUGACUUCAUGGAUUUUUUGAGAAAGAAGAAUGCUUACUACUGUGAGUUUAUGAUGUAAAAGGGCAUCAAGCCAGUAUACUUAUUGACUGGAGUGUCAGAAUCUAACUUCUACUUGAGUUGAAGGUCUCCAGUUUCUACUGUGGUGAUCAUAAACAUGUGCAAUAUGUUUCAGGAAUGCUCAUGCAUUCAUUUCCAUGAAGUCUUUCAGGAAAUUGCAUCUUAGUGAAGACAGGUUUUGGAAUAUAUUCUGCAGGAAAUAUGAGGUAUGGCAUUGUGUAUGUAAAUUAAUUGAAGGACCUAGAGAGAACUGACAUCUAAACUUCAGAGCUGUGAGCUUAACAAAAUAACUCUAGUACAAGUUAUGAGAACUAUAAUAGCAAAGUUAUGAUUCUGUUCCACUUUUCUACUUGCUAGUUCUUUUCCAUGCUUAUGAAUCUUCAGAUUGCCAAAGAAUAGUUUGAAAACCACCUGCAUUUUGUCUGCCCUUAGAACAUUCCUUGACAACAGACUACUAUAUGUACCAGGCUCAGUACAAAAAUAUGAAGUUAGAUGUGCCAAAAACACUGUGCAUAUCCACAAUUUACUCUUUGAAUGUAUGUCAUUGCAGUAAACUCUCCCAUCUCAAGUUUUGCAAGAAGAUACAGUCAACAGCAGUGACAUUCUAUAUAUGUUUGGAAACUUGUAAAUAAUAUGUAAAGCAACUUUUUACUAUGAACAAAUUGACUUACUGAAUUUCAUUACUGAGGGUAAAAUAAGAACCUGUAAAACAAAUAAAUAUAUCUUUCUACAGGCAA